AUGCGCUCUAUUCUCGCCUUAGCUGGAAGUGCUUUAGCAUACUUCUGUACUGUCGGCUUCUUGAACGCAUAUGGUGUCUUUCAGCAGUACUACACUGCACACUACUUGCCGACAUACUCAAACUUUCAAAUCUCAUGGAUUGGGUCUUUCUCGACUUUUAUGCUCUUCGGAGCUGCUGCGCCUGCGGGAAUGAUAGCCGAUCGCUUUGGUCCCACGAUCCCCAUCCUGUGUGGUUCAAUUGUUGAGGUGUUUGCCAUCUUCAUGGUUUCGCUUUGCAGAGAAUACUAUCAAUUCUUCCUAGCUCAAGGAGUCCUCUUACCCAUCGGCAUGUCGUUUAUCGCCAUCUCCACCUCCACCGUAGUACCUCAGUACUUCAUCCAGAAUCGCGGUCUGGCUCAGGGCGUCUCGAUUGGAGGCUCUUCAUUGGGUGGCAUACUCUGGCCAGUCGCGCUUGACCAGCUGCUCAAUCAUGAUGGCAUUGGCUUCGGCUGGUCGAUGCGGAUCGUAGGCUUCGUUCUUAUUCCACUACUGGCCCUAGCACUACUGUGCCUCCGAACGCCAAAGAAGACCCAAGGCGAUCACGAUGCUGAAGCAAACAAGGAGCGCAACAUCGAAGACAAGCCCAAGUCAAAGAAGAAGGACUACUCCAAGAUGAAACAGCCAGCUUUUAUCUUCAUGUGUCUGGGCCUCGCCACAGCAUAUUUCGGCUUCUUCGCGCCCUUAUUCUACGUCUCCGUUUACGCCACCCAUCUAGGACUCUCCGAAAACCUGGCCUUCUACCUCGUAUCCAUCCUAAACGGCGCUUCUUUAUUCGGACGAAUCAUGCCCGGGAUUUUCGCGGACAAGUAUGGCCACUUCAACAUCUUGACUUGCUCGGCCUUCUUUUCUGCCAUUGUCGUCUUCUGCUGGACCAAGGCUACUAGCAUCGCAGGUCUGGUUGUAUGGUCCAUCGCCUAUGGUUUUACAUCCGGUGCGAUUAUGAGUCUCCAGCUCGCGUGUGCUACUAUUGUUGCCGACGAACAGACUAGAGGUGCUGCCGUCGGUCUUGCGAUGGCUUCAGUAUCGCUGACUGCGCUCUUUGGAACCCCAAUCGCAGGCGAGCUCGUAGAGAAGGGUUAUCUUGCAUUAUCUGCCUUUGCCGGUGCAAUGCUCAUAGUCGGUGCCAUAUUGCUUGGGUGCGCGAGGUUCUCGAGGAACCAGAAGCCAUUUGCGAAGAUCUAG